AGUAUGCAAUCGACAGACUUCUUGGGUGGCGGUAGUGAAUGGACUGAAAAUGUGCCGAGAUCUGUCAGUAGACAGUCCGUCAAAUCCGUGAAUGAUGGAAUAUGUGACAAUGACUUACGAGAAGAGGACGAUGAUUAUGAGGAUGCCGCAGAGGGAGAACAAUGGUUGGAGCAACAGACGAUCACAUCUCUCCAGAACAUACGCACUUGCACUGGAUCGACUACGACGAGUCCUGAUUAUGUGACGGCAUCGGAGCGGAUCACGUCACCGGAUCGUGUCAGCGAGAUUGUCGAAAUGGUGGAAAUGAACAAUAACAUUGUGGAUGGAUAUGAAACUGAUGAGGUCAAAUCAGCAUCUACUCUUCACAAGUCCGAUGCUGCUAUGAAUCAGGUCGCUCUUGGCAAUCGUUCCCCAGGCUAG